AACGACGACAACGAAAAAUGGCAGACAGUGGAGUUACAAAGGAGCACUUGGAUCAGGCAAUCAGAGAGCGAUUAUCCGCUACUUUUGUCAAAAUUGAGGAUAUCUCUGGAGGAUGUGGUCAGGCAUUUGAGGUCACUAUCGUUUCGCCAGAGUUUGCGGGGAAGAACACUUUGGCCAGACAUAGACUGGUCAACAAGGCACUGAAGGAGGAGAUCGCGAAGGUGCACGCUUUCACACAAAAAAGCUACACUCCCGAAGAAUGGGACAAGAUGCAGUUGGCGUGAAGAU